UUUAGUUGCAAUAGACACCUAUAAGCGACGCGAAGAGUGACAAAGACACUCACAAACACAACUCUCUCGCCGGAAAUUCAAACGUCCGGCGAUAUCAACUCUCACGCCUGAUCCUUAUUCAGCCCAAACUCUUUAAAUUUCGCUUUGUUUUUGUCUUGUUUUGUUCAGCAACUUUUUAAAAAAAUUAAACAAAAUUUUGGUCGGAGCUGGGUAAGGUUGGUGGUGGCGUGAUGGGAUUUUGUAUAUGUCCUUUGGAAACACCGGCGAGGUUGCUGUGGACUACUAGCUUCUUUCGUCACAAGCUUAUGAUUUUCUAAUUUUUAAUCAGUAUUGUUUAAGCUCUACUUCUCAUCAUCGUCGUCGUCGUCGUCCACUCACAACCCUUCCUUUUAGAUUGUUUUUGUGUUCAUAAGUCGGUGGAGAGCUGCUGACAGAGCUAGCGACGAGGAUAUAUACUUACCUACUUGUAUAAUACAUAGAGAAAGAGAUAAUUGCAAGGUUUUGUCAUGGAGUCUGGACGUCUUUUCUUCGACCCUUCUCUAGCCUGCCAUGGCAACAUGUUGUUCCCCGGAAAUGGCGAUUACUUAUUUCGAGGAGCAAGAUCGAUGAUGAGCAUUGAGGAAAACUCAAAGAGGCGACCUUUCUUCACUUCACCAGAUGACUUGUUCGAUGACUGCUAUUAUGACGAACAGUCGGCUGAGAAAAAGCGCCGCUUAUCUCCCGAGCAGGUGAGUCUGCUGGAGAAGAGCUUUGAGGCAGAGAACAAACUGGAGCCAGAACGGAAGACCCAGUUGGCUAAGAAGCUAGGAUUGCAACCGAGACAGGUGGCUAUUUGGUUCCAGAACCGCCGUGCUCGGUGGAAGACCAAGCAACUUGAAAGAGAUUACGAUCUCCUUAAAGCUUCUUAUGAUGCUCUCCUCUCUAACUAUGACACCAUUCUCAAGGAGAACGAAAAUCUCAAAUCUCAGGUGGUUUCUUUAACUGAGAAAGUUGGAGCAAAAGAAGAGAAUACUAAAGAGGCGGUGGGAACAGAAAUGGCAGGAGUUUCGGCAGCCCAAUUGAGCAAUAAGGUGGAGGAUAGGCUGAGUGGUGUAAGUGCAGUGGUGGAUGAGGAUUGUCCACAGAUAGUCGACAGUGGUGAUUCGAUUUCAUAUUUUGCUAGUGAUAAAUACAGGGGAUGCAUGGAGGAGGAGGAUGGGAGUGAUGAUGGGCAAAGUUACUUCCCUGAUGUGUUUGUGGCUGCACAGAAUCAGCAGCCUGAGGAGCCAUUGGAUUGGUGGGUGUGGUCAUCUUAGGGGUCACUAGGCUUUGUUUAAUAUUUGGUGUUUGUAUUUUCUGUUGAAGCAUUAUCAGUUGAAAACCAUAGAAAAGUAUUGGCUUUAUAUGUUGAUGUAUGGGGCUUGGUAUGAAUAAAACUGUGUUCAAAGUCAAAGGAAA